UUCUUUUAUUUUUCUUUGCCAUUUUUAGUAGUCAAAUUUCAAAACCUUUUUCUCUCUCCUCAUUUGGGUCAUCAUAUUUUUCUUGUGAGAGUGAAGAAAAUGACUCAAGGUGCUACAAAGAAGAAACGGCAGCAAAAGAAAAAGAAUUCAAAGGAUAAAAUUUCAGAGGAUGAAAUAACAAAGAAGAUUUCAGCUUUGUGGGAGCAAGAAAGAUUACAAGAGUGCUUGGAUUUUAUCAUUUCUCUUGAUGAUGAGUGGUUGAAAAAUUUAAAAGUCUAUUCUAUGAAAGUGCAUGCACUUGUAGGUUUGAAACGGUUUGAAGAGGUAUUGGCUUUGCAAAAACGACUCGAAGAAUUUGGACAUAAAACGACUUUGGCACUUGGUGAAUGGUUUAUGUUUGCUUAUGCCAACAGAAAGCAAAAUAAUAUUUUGGAAGCAUAUCUCCUUUAUAAAUAUGUGCAUGAUCAGAAGGGUGCAGUCUGUGUAGAUGAUGAAGCAUUCAAAAACUGUCUCAAAUGGAUAAAAAGACUACAAUCGAAAGUUCAACCAGAUUUGGAUAGAAUUGCAGUGGAAAGAGCUAGUAAAUUUUUGGAUGAUGAGCGUGCUGCCUCCUCUUCCACCAAGGCUCCUGCCUCCUCUUCCACCAAGGCUGCCACCUCUUCCACUCAAGGCUGCAUCCACCCGACCAGACCAAGGUUGCAUCCACUCCGACCAAGGCUGCAUCCACUUCGACCUUGGUUGCGUCCGCUUCGACUUUGGCGAUCCCUUCUUUGA